AUGAGCGCUGAAGGAAGAAUUCGCAAACGUAUCCCCAAGUCAUGUAAACGCUGCCACCGACGCAAGCAGCGAUGCGUCGGUUAUCCGACCUGUACCGGCUGUGAAUCCGCCAAACAACCCUGUCUGCGAUCCGAGUCCGUUCCCUCCUGGCACCAUGCCAUGUCCAAGGGGGCUUUGGUGCGCCGAAUCGAAGUGCUCGAAGCGCAAUUAUCCGCUGCACUGGAACAGAUUCCCCCGGAUGAAGAGGCGCCAGCAGAACCGCUGUCAACGGGCGCAAAACUACAACCCCAUGACUCCCGAGCUGGAGUGGUCUCAAUGAUGGCAAUGAGCCAGGAGGGGAGCGACAACCUGGCUUACCUAGGACCCUCGUCAGGAAUGUCCAUCGCAGAAGAUCUGGGCCGUCUGGUGCAAAACGCCGUCUGGCUGAGGUCCAUCCCCAUCAAUGGCAGUCACCACCAACCUCCGCCGGAUUGCGAGAGAACCGCAGCCAGCACCGCAUUACCGAGCGAGGCUGUUGGUCUGCGCCCCUGA